UCCCGUAGUUCACAAUGAAAUUAAAAUGGCUGCUCCUGUUGACAACGAUUUAAUUGAAAGUGAUUUACCCAAAGCUGUUGAGCUGCUGAAUAAUCUCACAGAACAGGUGGCCUCAGUCACAAAUCAUGUUCGUGAGCUGCUAACUAAAGUCAAGGAUGGGGCGUUUAAGACGUCAAAGGGUUUAUCGUUCUUGGACCUUCGAUACCAUCUGCUGCUCUUCUACCUUCAGGACCUCACUCACCUGAUUAGCAUCAAAACAGAAGGAGGCAAAAUAAAAGAGAGCGAUGCCUUGAAUAGAGUGGUCACAAUCAGAACAGUCUUGGAGAAAAUGCGGCCGCUGGACCACAAACUGAAAUACCAGAUUGAUAAACUGGUGCGCACAGCUGUGACUGGAAGUUUAGCUGAAAACGACCCACUGCAGCUGCGUCCUAACCCUGAGAAUCUCAUCAGCAAACUGGGUGACUCUGGGGAGUCUGAAGAUGAAGCUGAGACCAAAGCAGCCUCAGAGAAGAAAGCAGCUCACUCUAGUGGCAGGAAAUAUGUACCACCAAAGAUCGCUCCAAUGCAUUACGAGGGUGACAUGACAGAGGCAGACAGGAAGAAGGCCCUUGUGGAGCGUCAGCGACGAGCAGCUCUGAGAAGCUCUGUGAUCCAGGAGCUGAGGCAGCAGUACAGCGACGCUCCCGAGGAGAUCAGGGACAGACGGGACUUCCAGAGCGAGAGGGAGGGCCGCGAGGAGCUGCACAGGAAACAUUAUGAGGAGUCGAUGAUGGUGCGUCUAAACAUGCCAAAGCAUCAGAAGAACGCCAAGAAGAGAGGCAUGAUGGGUAUGUCCGGCCAGCUCAGCGGCAUCACACACUUCAGUGACAUCUCAGCUCUGACGGGCGGCGAAGGCGGACAGGAUGGGGAUGGCGGUCGACCCAAGAAAAAGAAGAAACUCAUGAAGAAGAAAACAAAAAGAAAAGCUUUCAAGAAGCACAGAUAGAUCUGAAGAUGUCAGAAGACUUGUUACCAACACGUUGUCUUUUUAGUUUAGUUCUUUUUAGCAACACUGUACUAAAAAUUCCCCACCGGUUGCUAACAUUCAGUGUUUGGAAUAAACAUCUACUGUUGACUCUGA